AUGCCAUUUUCUUGCUUGCCAUUUUUUGCCUGCAAUCGCCAGGUGGAUUUGUUGGAUCGCAGGCAGUGCAAUUUGCAAUCAGUGCCUCAUGACAUUGAUCGCAAUGCCCGGACUUUAGAAGAGAUGUAUUUGGAUUGUAAUCAUAUCAAAGAUCUCGAGAAGCCAUUAUUUCGAUGUCGAAAACUGAAAAUUUUGAGUCUGAGUGAAAAUGAAAUAAUACGCUUGCCUUCCGAUAUUGCUCAUCUAACAUGCUUGGAGGAACUCAGUCUUAAAGGAAAUGAUAUUUCUGACCUUCCAGAAGAAAUAAAAAACUGUACUCAAUUGAAAAUCCUUGAUCUCAGCUCAAAUCCAAUCACUAGGCUUCCCUCAACGAUAACUCAAUUAACAUCGAUGACAAGUCUCGGUUUAAAUGAUAUUUCGCUCACACAGAUGCCACAUGAUAUUGGCCAGUUGCAGAAUUUGCGGUCUUUGGAAGUUCGGGAAAAUUUGCUGCGAACAUUACCAUCGUCAAUAAGCCAAUUAAAUCAGCUGCAGAGACUUGAUCUUGGUCAUAAUGAACUUGAUGAUUUACCAAAAGAGAUAGGCAUGUUGGAAAAUCUAGAAGAAUUAUAUGUUGAUCAAAACGAUCUUGAAACACUUCCGGACUCCAUUGUUCAGUGCCGUUCAUUAGAACAGCUCGAUGUUUCAGAAAAUAAAUUGAUGGUUCUACCAGAUGAAAUUGGUGAUUUAGAGAAACUUGGUGACCUUACAGUUGCUCAUAACUGUCUUCAGGUAUUGCCUAGUUCACUUGGACGCUUGAAAAAGCUCAUAAUAUUGAAAGCGGAUCGCAAUGCAAUCACCCAGUUAACACCUGCCAUUGGUAGUUGUCAUGCAUUGACAGAAAUUUAUUUAACAGAAAAUUUUCUCACGGAAAUUCCUAGUUCGCUGGGUAACUUAAAAUGUUUACGAAUGCUCAAUCUCGAUAAAAAUCAGCUAAAGGAGCUCCCACCAACGAUUGGUGGCUGUACCUCAUUAUCAGUACUUUCACUUCGUGAUAAUUUGUUAGAACAGCUUCCUCUUGAAAUUGGACGGCUGGAAAACUUGCGAGUUCUUGAUGUUUGUAACAAUCGUUUAAAUUAUUUGCCAUUUACUAUCAACGUCUUGUUCAAAUUACGAGCCUUAUGGCUAUCUGAAAAUCAGUCUCAAGCGAUGUUGAAAUUGCAAACCGAGCAAGAUCCAAGAACCGGAAUCAAAGUCUUAACGUGCUACUUAUUGCCGCAAAGUAGCUUGCAACCUGUGGAGCAAACUCCUCCAAACCGUUCCUUCAUCGGUGGACCAAAAGUUCAUUUUGGAAGUGAUUUGGAAGAAACUCAUGAAGAGGAUGAAGGCGAAGUGGGACAAUUUUCACGACAUGAUACUCCACAUCCAAAGCCUCAUACACACGCACCAAAAUUUAAGAAGCAGUCAAUUGACGGCCACAUAAUUCAUCAUGAUGAUGAGGCAAGUAAAGAGUAUACCAUAACUUUGAAACUUCCGAUCAAAGUUAUAAAGCAUAAACAUUCUACAAAACCACCGGUAUUAACUUUGAAUUCGGGACGGAAACGUAGCGGUGAUGAAAAUUCACGUGCAGUUUCACCAUCUGCAUCAGCGACUACUGCUGCUACCACUUCUAAUACUACCACUAAUAAUAAUACUCAUAUUGCUUCACUUCGAAGUGCAUUGAAGCAUCCUCCCGUGUUACCAAAUUUGGCUAAUUUUGAGCAGAGUGUAGAGCAUAUUAUGAAUCAGCGGCAAAACCUUUCACCUGGUGUUGAAAUAUUAAAUAUGAAAAUUCAUCGAGAUAGUAAUGGUGGUCUAGGUUUAUCAAUUGCUGGUGGGCUAGAAUCAACGCCUUAUAAGGAUGAUGAUAACGGAUUAUUUGUUUCAAAACUUGCUGAAGGUGGGCCAGCUAUGAUUGCUGGACUGCGAGUUGGUGAUAAAUUGCUGCGUGUUAAUAAAACAGAUGUUGUAAAUGUUCGUCAUCAGGUAGCUGUAACAUCAAUGCAAGAUGCUCGAGAUAUUGUAGAACUCACUAUCCUACGUGAUUUACGUGGGACACCAUCAGUAUCGCAUAAUGCUUCUAGUGGCUACGCAACAUCUCCAAAUCAAAGUAUGGACAACUCUUUUGUUUCCGAAACAAUUGAACCAUCGUCAUCUAUGUCCAAUGAAGUGAUAUCAACAACGAUUCGACGGGAUGUGAAUGGUUCACCAGGAUUUAGUGUUGCGAGUGGUACAGGCGAUGCUAUCGUAAUAUCUUCUAUCGCACCUGGCGGUGCUGCUGAAAAAGAUGGCAAAUUACGUAUUGGUGAUCGCGUGCUUUCGGUGAAUGGUACAAAUGUCAAGAGUGCACGACAUGAUCAAGCAGUAGCGUUAUUAACGGGGCAUAGCGGUAGUGAUAUCUAUUUAGUUGUGCAAAGAGAUCGCGGAAGACAAAAUCUUACUGUUGCUCCAUCUUCCUCAAGUUUGUCAUCUACAAAAACACAUACUGUGGCUAUUGAACGGAUUCCUCAACCAAAAAAAUAUGGCUUUGGUGAUUCUUCUUGGGACGGCAAAACUGAAGAAGUAGAACUUAUACGUGAAAAUAAUUCGCUUGGGUUAUCCAUUGUCGGUGGCAGUGACCAUUCAUCGCAUCCUUUUGGGAUCAAUUCUCCUGGUGUAUUCAUUUCAAAAAUAACAGCAAACUCACCUGCUAGUCAGUCUCAGAAACUACGUAUCGGGGACAGAAUUUUGUCUGUAAAUAAUGUUAACAUCCGCACAGCUAAACAUCAGGCGGCAGUUGAGGCAUUAAAACAAAGUGAUAGGACAGUGCGCUUGAUAGUAAUUCAUGAACCGCAACCACCAGGUUUGAGAGAAGUGAUAAUAAAGCGGAAUGCUGGUGAAGCCUUAGGUUUAAAUAUAUUUGGUGGUAUCGGUAGUCCACCUGCGAAUCCUCUUGAUAAGACUGAUGAAGGCAUCUUCAUCGAAAGGGUUGAACGCAAUGGUGCAGCAUCGGCCUCUUCGUUAACAGUUGGAACACGUAUUUUAGAAGUUAACGAUGAAUCUUUGCUGGGAUGUUCACAAGAAGAAGCGGCACGUAUUUUACGCCAGUCUGGAACUAACGUCAGACUAUUAGUCUGCGAUGCUUUCUGUACUCCAUGCACUGCUGCAUCCGCUCAUGUGAGUCAAAUAGGAGAACGUCAAGCUGCUGCUUAUAAUUCUGUUUCAAUCGCUGAUGCUCAAAAAUCGUUGAAUACUACUUCCUCACUAUCCUUCAAACCAUCUUCAUCCAUUACUUCACCACCUGAAAUUACUAGAACUGCGGGGUCUGUUGCUAAUGACAAUACUUUAUCUACUUCUCCGUUACCGCCUGCUUCUGUAUUCCCUACUGCGUUCAAUGGUAUUCCCAAUGUUUCCAAGAUCUGUUCGUCAGCUUCAAGCUUACCGCAGACAUUAUCUUCAUUUUCUUCAGCAAACACUACCACAUUUUCGGCUUCUAUCCCUCGUCCAGUACCUCCUCCGAUAGCUCCAAAGCCAAGGAUUGUCUCGAAUCAGUCCUCUUCUGCGACUACCGCUUCCUCAACGUGUUGGAUGUCAAAUGUGAACCCUGAACGUCUGGCAUUUACGUCAAAAUUAGAAAAAUUCGAGCGUGAAAUUGAAAUUAAAAGGCCAAAUACUAACCCUACGACAAGAUCUACUUUUCCGCCUGCAAAAAAACCAUUAUUAAAUGAAGAUGAAGUUCGAAAAAUGAAAGAAGAAGAAAGUAAGAAGGUGGCGAGUGGAUCUUUACAGAUGUCUGUAGGUCUUGAGAAUGAUGAACUUGAUUGCUCUUUUGAACAUAUCCUCAAUAACAGUGCGGUACCACCUCGAACGAUGCCAACUGUGAUUCGAACAAAGAAAGCAGAGAAUCGAAUGGCAGCAUGUUCUUCUGCAAUUUCCGGUGGUGAACCUUUGAAUUCAGUUGAACGAAGAGCUUUAGAAUACCAGAAACGACAUGAAUGGCGGCAAGCUAGAUUAAAAUCUUUGGAAGCAGAUUCGAAAGCAGCUGAGGAAGUUAUGCAACAGGUGGAGCAAAUUAACAGUAGGUUAGCUAAUAUAACAGAAGAACAGAGCAACUCUCCUUUGCCGGUGAAUGAGAGGAUUCUGCAAAAUGAAACUUCAUUUGAACAUAAUGAAUAUAUCGAUCCAGUUACGGGUGCUAGCACUGUUUCACUCGUUGAAAGUAGCAUUACUCAGAGAGAAGUAAAUUUUUAAUU